UUACAGAGAAAUGAAAACUUAAACGAGCCUGAAGCAGGAAGCGAGGAGCUUAUUCAGGCAGAUAAGAAGAGCAAUGAAGAUGAAGCUGGUUUAUGUUCCCAUGGUGAUGGCACUGGUCGUUACGACUACUGGAGUCCCAUCAACUACAACAACAACUACAAAACGAACUACAACACCAACUACAACACCUACAACAGCAUGGACCACAAAAGGACCUCAUGGACUAAAUUUAAUUGGGAAAAUGUUCACUUUGCCUUGUGACAGUGGAGGAAUAUCCUUCUAUUCCUCUGAUCUACCUCCUUCUACUACCCCCUGGGCCACCUCCCCUCCGUGGACCACAGCACCUCCUACUAGAGGUGUGUCUGUGUGUCUGCGAUACCUCACAGACUACGUGCAAAUUUCAAGGCCUGUGAUCUUCACACUCAGAUCAUCCUCAAGUUCUCCUAUAAGUCUGAAGAGCAGUUCAGGUUUUUCGUAUGGACUGUCCUUUAAUUACUACCCCAACCUGGAGUUUAAACCUAACAUAAGGUUCUGGUCUAACAUUGGACCGGACAUCUGGACCGGACUCUGUCUCAAUGUGGACACCGUGAAGAAUGUGGCCCAGGUGUUUAGCGGCCCAAACAUUAGCAUCAGAAAGAUUCUGCCUAUUCGGUAUGUGUGGUCGGGUCAGCCUGUGAUUGAUUUCUCAGGUUUUGAUGGUCAGGUGACAGACGUCCAAAUCUGGGAUUAUCCUCUCCACUACAGAGAAAUCUACAACUACAUGGUCAGCGGCGUCUACGGGCCACAUCGUGGCUCCAUCCUCACCUGGUCCUCCAUCAGCUACUCUCCCAGAGGAAACGUCGUAAUGGAGGAUGUGUAUGAGCAGCAGUCAAAACAGUCACUCAGCAGCGGCGGCAGCAGGGAGAGGGGGCGUCAUCUAAAGGGAAAGAAGAAGACCAGAAAGUUUUGGAACCUCGAGGAAAAGAAAGCGAGAAAGAGACAGCGGAUGUAAUGAAACAUACAACGGCUUAUGUACGAAAUGCUGUAAUCUCUGUUCUUCAUUUAAUAAGACAAAACUAACAACAAUCAGUUAUUAAUAGUAAAUGAAGUGUAAACUGAUUUAUGUGAUUGUGAAGGUUUUUAAUUAGGAAACUGACGGGGUCAGUGCUUCUGUAGAAUAUCCUGUAUGGUUGAUGGAUGAUCAACAAACUACAGUAAACUGAAAUAUGUAGGCUGCACUGAUUGAUUUACAAGACAUCUUUGACUUAUGUUGAUCUCUUUUUACUUGUUUGUUUCCUUUAUUUUAUAUGUUAUUAAAAACAAACAAACAAUAAAACAAUAAAA